AUGCGCCGCGGCUUCUUUGCGGUGCGGGUGGCCGUCACCGUCCUUACAGUUGCCAGUGCUGCUACUAAGGAUUCCAACCCCUCCACAUCUGUACGCUCGCUCACGGAUACCCCAGACGGUGUUUCUACCAAGAGACUGUUGAGCAGUAACAAGGCGGUGGACGAGAGUGAAGAAGAGCGGGCGAUCGCCAUCCCACAACAACAUCUUACUUCAAAAUAG